UUUGUCUAUUUUAUGGUUUCUUGAUUCUUUGCAAAAUGUACGGAAUAAUUAAAUUAUUGCUCAAAAAGGAGUGCAAUGUUGAAGAUACAGUGUUAAUAGAAAGCCCCUUUGAGGAAGAAACACGUUUGGGGGUUUAUUGUGAUACAGUGAUAUUAGCCAUAACUCCAAAUAAAUUUGUGAUUGCUGCUGAGAAUAACGCCGAAUGCAAAAAGGAACGGUUUACAGAAGACGACCCGAACAUCGAAAAUUUCUCACUCGUCUCCGUUUAUCCUUUGACUUCCAUACAAAUAGCUGUAUUUAAGCGCACACAUAGACAGUCGUUGAAGGUGGUUUUCAAUGGAGUGUUUGCUGAUUCAUACUGGCCUCAAGUUCCAGAAAGAUGGAAGAUCUGGAAGCAAAAAUUUGAAAUUUAUACUGAAGCUAACAAGUUAGACGACUUCCCAGAGACGAGAAAGGUGGCCAUAUUCCUUAAUUUACUAGGAGAUCAAGUUUCGAAUUCGUACCGUCAGCAUCGUCGAUCAAGCACAACAGGGAGAAGCAGGUCACAAUCUCAAGGAAUGUCACGCAACAACAACUACCACCGUCAAGACAAAAGUCCCAGCACCAACUACCAUCGUCAAGAUAGGAAUUCUAGCAACACGCAUACGGGCACAUGCACACGUUGUGGGCAAAUACAUCGGUUUAGGUGUCCAGCUAAAGGAGUCACGUGCAGAAUUUGCAAGCGAAAGAACCACUACGAAAAGUGCUGCUACUUCAACAAGAAUGUCGACAUGAUAUUUUGGCAGCUUUGGUGUCGUCAUGUUAAAGAGAUAAGAAGGAAUUCAUCGAGAUGGCCCUACGAAAUGUCCAAGUCUGCCAUAUCACGGGCCCAGAAUACUCAAAGAUGGACCGACAAAGAUUUAUAUAUGGGAUCAAAAAGGCAAAUUGAAGAUCUGAAUCGGCCAAUCCCGAUCCCAGGGAUAGGCCGCACAGGAGACCAACUAUUUUACUUAAAACCGCAAUAUUCUGGAUGCUGUGAUCGUACCGAGCAUUGGGCACAAUCCGCACAAUGUAAUGAAGAAGUACAAGCGACGCGUGACUACGAAAACCUUGCGUAUACCGAUGUUCCGAAUUCUAACAUAACAUACACCUCCUUAAUGACAACAGUUGGUAUAAUAGGACAAUUUUAAAAUGGUUCGAGAUCGUUUAAGAGAAAUAAAAGUUACU